UGAUUCCUCUUUUAGUACUGGUUGUUGCUGCCAAACAAGAGGAAUCAGUUAGAAAAAAAAUAAACACAAACAAAUGCUCUUGCUCUGCUAAAAGGAGCCAGCAAUGUUGGAUCUGAGAUCGGCCCUGGGGUUCAAACUUCAAACCAAAACCCUUCCAAGAAGCUGCCUUGUGUUUUGAACUAACCAGUGAUUACUGGGAAACCCCACACACCACAGUGCAAUAACACAUCCUUCUUGUGUUCAUAAAGUAUUGAUUAUAUUUCUCAAUCCCUCUCUGGUCCCAUCUCUCUCUUUCAAUUAAAAAUAAAUUAUCACUCAGCUCCCCUUCAUUGCUCUAUCCCAUCCUCAUCCAUCCCACAACACAAACACAAACACAAACACAAACACAAACACAAACUCUCUCUCUCUUCCUCUCUAGUAAACCAAACAAAUCACAAGCACAGCAUCUAAAAUUCCAUCUCCCUGCAGCACCAUCAUGGCCUAGCUGGCCUUGGAUCCGGAGAUUCUGGCACUCCGGGUCAGAUAUAAGAGAUCUACAAGUCCAUUUUAAAAUACAUAGAGCCAUGUUAUGUCCCUCAACUUCAACUUGCCUUCAUCUUCUACUACACUCCACCCACUUCCACACUCAUCACAAACACAUUCAAGCCCAUUGAGGCAGCAGGGCAGGCUCUCAACGAGCCAUGGCCACAACUGUGGGCAAAUGGAGACGACCAGCACUUCUUUCCUUUACCUUAAUCCUCUUCUUAUCCAUACACGUCUCAGCCAUAGACAACCAAGGCGCUGCUCUCCUCGAUUGGAAACGCACGUUGAAUGGCUCGCUCGAAGCGCUCUCGGAUUGGAACCCCAACGACCCGACCCCGUGCCAAUGGUCGGGCGUCUCAUGCAAUGCUGAAAACGAUGUCAUGGAGCUGACUCUUCAAUACAUGGACUUGUUCGGCCGUGUCCCAUCCAACCUCACCGCUCUCUCUGCGCUAACCAAGCUCGUGCUCUGUGGCACCAACCUCACUGGUCCGAUCCCACAUCAGCUCGGUGACCUCCCAAGACUCAUUCAUCUGGAUCUGAGUGGCAAUGCCCUGACUGGGGUCAUCCCGGACGGACUCUGUCGCCCGGGCAGCCAGCUUGAGAAGCUCUUUAUCAACUCGAACAGGCUCGAAGGCUCCAUCCCUGACUCAAUCGGUAAUCUCUCGGCUCUCAAAUCGUUCAUCUUCUAUGAUAACCAACUGGAAGGUCAGAUUCCCUCGUCCAUUGGCCGGCUUGUUAACUUGGAGGUGGUACGCGGUGGUGGGAACAAGAACCUGCGCGGCCCAUUGCCUGUGGAGAUUGGGAAUUGCUCGAGCCUUGUGAUGCUUGGGUUAGCCGAGACGAGUAUCUCCGGGCCAUUGCCACGUACACUAGGCCAACUCCAGAAGCUCGAGACACUGGCGGUUUACACGGCAAUGCUCACGGGGUCGAUCCCUGCCGAGCUGGGACAAUGCGCGCAGCUCCAGAACAUUUACUUGUACGAGAAUUCUUUAUCUGGUUCGAUCCCGUCGAGUUUGGGAAACCUUGACAAGCUCCAAAACUUGCUGCUGUGGCAGAACAGCUUGGUUGGGUUUAUUCCACCGGAGCUCGGACGGUGUAGAAAACUUGCUCUUGUGGAUCUCUCCAUGAAUAGCCUCACUGGUCCAAUCCCUCCCACGCUCGGUAACGUCACUGCUCUGCAGGAGCUUCAGCUAAGCAUGAACCAGAUCUCUGGCACCAUCCCCGUUGAGCUGGCCAAGUGCGGCAACCUCACUGACUUGGAGCUUGAUAACAACCUGAUCUCCGGUGGGAUCCCGCAAGAACUCGGAAGGCUGGGGAAUCUCCGGAUGCUUUAUUUGUGGCAAAACAAACUGGAGGGAAACAUCCCGGCAGAGAUCGGGAAUUGCGCGAAUCUCGAGGCGAUGGAUCUUUCGCAGAACGGACUCACAGGACCGAUCCCGAGGGGGAUCUUCGCUCUUCCUCGCCUCGGGAAGCUGCUCCUCCUCGGGAACGAGCUCUCGGGUAUCAUCCCGCCGGAGAUCGGGAACUGCUCCUCCCUCAUCCGUUUCAGGGCUAAUGGGAACCACCUCGCCGGUCCGAUCCCGCCGGAGAUUGGGUCAUUGAAGAACCUCAGUUUUCUCGAUCUCGGUUCCAACCGGCUUGUCGGACCGAUCCCAUCCGAGAUCGCCGGCUGCCGGAACCUGACCUUCCUCGAUCUCCAUUCAAAUGCUAUCGCCGGGAACCUACCGGACAAUCUCUUUGACGGCCUUGUUUUCCUCCAAUUCUUGGACCUCUCCAACAAUUCAAUCGCCGGGCCGCUGCCGCAGAAUCUCGGGAUGCUCACAUCGCUGACGAAGCUGAUCCUCUCCGGGAACAAGUUCUCCGGACGUAUCCCGCAGGAGAUAGGGUCAUGCGGGCGGCUCCAGCUGCUGGAUCUGAGCAAUAACGAGCUGUCAGACGGCAUCCCGGCGACAAUCGGAGGGAUCCCAGCACUGGAGAUCGCCCUGAAUCUCAGCUGCAAUGAUCUUUCCGGCGAUUUACCGGCGGAAUUCGCAGGACUGGCGAGGCUCGGGGUGCUGGAUUUAUCUCACAACCGACUCUCCGGCGAUCUCAAGCCUCUCGCCGGCCUUCAAAAUCUCGUGGCCCUUAACCUGAGCUACAAUAAUUUCUCCGGCAGCGUCCCUGAAGGUCCUUUCUUUUCGAAGCUCCCCGUCGGCGACCUGGAGGGCAACCCCGCCCUAUGUCUAUCUCGUUGUUCCACUAGUUCGAAUAGCACCGGUUCUACCCGGCGAGCAGCCCGCAUCGCCGCCAUCGUGCUCCUCUCGGCGGCGGCGACUCUCCUCGCGGUUGCUGGCUUCGUGUUCCUCAACAAAAAGAAAAGAACACGUGGCAGCCAGGGAAUGGACGAUGAGGAAAAAGAGGGAGAGAUGGGCCCGCCAUGGGAGGUUACCUUGUACCAGAAACUGGAGAUCGGUGUAGCUGACGUGGCGCGAAACCUCUCGUCAGCCAAUGUGAUCGGUCGCGGGUGGUCGGGCGUAGUGUACAAAGCUCGGGUCCCAUCAACCGGGACGGUCAUAGCUGUGAAACGGUUUAGGUCCGCGGACGAGGCUUCGAUCGCAGCAUUCGCGUCCGAGAUCGGAGCGCUGGCGAGGGUUAGACAUCGAAACAUAGUCCGGUUGCUCGGCUGGGCGGCGAAUCGACGCACGAGACUGUUGUUCUAUGAUUACAUGCCGAAUGGCACGCUUGGUGAGUUGUUGCAUGGAGGGGGAGGUUUAACAGUGGGGUGGGAUUGGGAAGUCAGGCUGGGGAUCGCUGUGGGCGUUGCCGAGGGACUCGCGUACCUGCACCAUGAUUGCGUGCCGGGAAUACUGCACCGUGACGUCAAGGCCGAGAACGUGUUGCUUGGCGAGCGGUACGAGGCGUGCUUGGCUGACUUCGGCCUUGCCCGCGUUGUCGAGGAUGGUGUGGGUGGUAAUUCCACUCCGCCGCCUUUUGCUGGAUCUUAUGGUUAUAUCGCUCCUGAGUAUGGAUGCAUGAUGAAGAUCACAAGGAAGAGCGAUGUGUAUAGCUUUGGUGUGCUGCUGCUAGAGAUGAUCACCGGUAAGAAGCCGGUGGACCCGUCAUUUCAAGAGGGCCAUAACGUGAUCCAAUGGGUUCGAGAGCACCUUCGGGCUAAGCGUGACCCAGCCGAGGUGGUGGACCCAAGACUCCAAGGGAGGCCAGACACUCAGGUCCAAGAGAUGCUCCAGGCCCUCGGCAUCGCCCUGCUCUGCGCCAGCAACCGGGCGGAAGACAGGCCGACCAUGAAGGAUGUGGCUGCCCUUCUCCGCGGCAUUCGCCACGAUGAUCCCCAGCAGAGUGGCGAAGCUCGAAAGCCUUCAUCCACCGUCUCAUGUAAGAGAAGCGAGCCAGCUGUGGCCCGCUCGCCAUCCCGGCUUGAUGUGCCGUCGCUUUCACCUCACUGCUCGCUGGCUUACUCGUCUUCAGCCAGUGAUAACUUCAAAUGAGUGGUGGUGGUGGUGGUGGUUAAUGCAUGAAUGCUUGUUAUUUUCACCUGUAAAAGAUUGACCUGGGAUGAUCCUGACUGUUUGGUUGGUGGGCUCAAGGGAGGUUGUAAUUGUGGAUGAGCUGUGCUCUUUCUCCCCGACGGUGGUCCUUGCUUCAGUGAUGGAACCAGGAUGGAAGCGAGCUGUGGCCUGUGGGGUUGUUGAUUUGGUAAUGACAGAGAAAAGGAAGACAGAGAUUAAGUGAGAUGGAAGGUGUUGUGAAUGAUUGUAUCAUUAUUGGUUGUUGACAGGAUCCGAGCUAAAUGUGUGUUUGCUUUCAUGUAUUCAUUGGUUUUAAAGAAGAGUAGGUCCAAUUAGUCACAAGUUGAUGGAUAGAUGAACCAUUGUUUU